UGGCAGUAAUGCUCCGUAAGUUGGUUGCCAAAGGCCAAUAAAACGAAGAAGCGGAAAGAUGCAUGACGCUCGGUGGUAAACAGUACCUUGGCCUUGUGGAAUCGCACGGAGAAAAAUCAAAGCCUAUGUAAAGAGAUUAUUGUGCAGUUCCUCGUGACUUGAAGAAAGACAUGUCUGCGUGGGAGUCACCCGAUUUCGGCCCUGGAUCCUGGUCCUGGUUCGAGUUUUUUUUUGUCGCUAGAGCGUGAAGCGAGUUAGCUAGGGAUGGUUCGCUAGCCACAUCUAAGCUUAAUGGUGCUUCGCACAAGACGGGCUAGUUUACCAUGACAUAAACCUUUGUUUACCGUGAUCGAAGUAUUUAUGUCAGCCUGAUUUGGUAUGGACCUUAACUUUAAUGACAUUUUAACUCAAAUUAUGACAACUGCUUAAUACUCAGAGACAAAACAACACCUGCUGCUCUUUCUUAAACUACCCAGUGUAGACAUCCUCUGUUACGAAUCCCGAUACUGCAUCUAGAAAUGAACUCAUGUAGUUGUAUAAGUGAAUGAACGUUAAAAUAAAGUGACCUGACAUAAAACUAGGUACACCAGGGUAAUCGAAUGCAACCCUAGAUAACAGCUUUAUUGUAAAUUCUACUUAAAGAAGCUUCUGCGUGUUCAGGUUUUGUUGACAUGGUUGAACAGGUUAUCAUGUGUCUCUAAAAUUAUUUGUGGAAAUGUGUUCUCGGUAUUUUGGCCGCUUCAUAACAAAUUGGAUAAAAUAGAAGAACCCAUUUAAAUAUAACAUUAUCCUGAACACUACAAUCACCCGCUACAUCUUAAGCGGUAAAGUACAAUAGUCACCUGUCUGGUCAGGUAAAAGUACAAAAAACCUGAAAUUCUAGGUGCGUUUAGAAAGUGUAAGUUUUUGUAGAGCUGUUGUUUUGGGUUGCACACCAAUGCCCAGGUGUACAAAAGUUGCACAGGUCAGGUUAUAUUAAAAGUUAAAGAGAUAAUCUUACAUAUUUGGAAUUGCAAAUUUUACAGUUGUAAAUUCUGUCAAUAUUUUUUAUAACUAUCUAUGGCUAUCUAUAUUUUAGUUACUUUUCACCCAGUGACUUGUAAUGAUGUUAAACUCUUUUUAUUAUUUAGUUAGACUUUAUCCUCUAGUUGAUAUUUGUAUCCAGAUUUUCCUUAUUAAAAUGCCUAACUUGUGUUUUAUUUUUGUCUUACAGAUAUUUGAAUACGCGACUGCACUACUCCCAGGGAAAGACUACCCUUGUCUUUUCUUCUUGUGUAUGAGAAUAUUUGCCUGGUCACACCUGCCCAGCUCAUACACAUGAGUGCUGUACACUCUUCGCGCUGGGCCAAGCGCCAUGCCUGACCGGGACAGUUCCUACCUGUCAGGUGGUGGUGGGAGUGCCGGUAGUCUGGGUGAAGAAGGAGGACCUGGUUCUGGUUUGGUGGGGAGCUCUUCAGAGGGUAGAGGGAGUUCGGUAGCAAGUGUUGGAGGCAACGUAUCUGGCUCUGGGAGCAUGGGGGGAGGAGGGGCGCUUGGAAAUGGUAACAGUUGUGGGAAUGGUGGUAGUGGGGGGCAAAGUGGAGGACUGGCAUUAGAUGGUGUCUGCCGGGACUUCAUACGCAACGUCUGCAAGAGAGGGAAGCGCUGCCGCUUCAGACACCCAGAUUUUAAUGAGGUGCCAGACUUGGGUGUGCAAAAGAAUGAAUUCAUCUUCUGUCAUGACCACCAGAACAAGGAGUGUAUGCGCUCCAACUGUCGCUUUGUCCAUGGAUCCAAAGAUGAUGAGGACUACUACAAGAAAACAGGAGAGCUACCUCUCAGACUGAGAGGAAAAGUUGCUGCCCGUCUUGGACUGUCCCCGAUGGAUCUCCCCCACAGCCGCGGUGAGGUCCCUAUCUGCAGAGACUUCCUGAAGGGCGAGUGCCAGAGAGGCAAUAAAUGUAAAUUUCGGCAUGUCAAAAAGGACUUUGAAUAUGAGCCUGCCAGGGUCGGAGUGGGUGGUGUUGUAGGGCCGGGUGUCAGUGGAAUGGUGAAUGCUGGGGGAGGGAUGGGUGGUGGAGGCGGAGGCGCUUGUGGAGGAAUGCAAGGACUUGUUGGAGGUGGGGGUGGAGGUGUAAGUAAUAUGAUGGGGAUGGGUUGUCCAAGCUUGGGUGGGUGCAGAGACCCAGGUAUCUCAGGGGUUGGAGGAAUGGGUGGAGGUGGGAUAAGUGGUUGUUUGUCAGUAAGUUCUGCAGGUCAGCGGCGUUAUGACAGGAGCUCAUGUUCCUUGUAUGACCCUCUGCUGGAGAGUGGACUGUUUGAUGCUGGCUCCCUGGAAACUUCCAUGGACCACACUACUCUGCAGCUGAAGAGGCGGAGGUUGGAGGGGCUGCGCCUGGCAGAUGGGAGUGGAGGAGGCCACUACGAGCUGGGAGUUCAAGCCACCUUGCCACCAAGGCCUCUGGAGUGCAGGUUCUUAGAAGAGGAAAAUUCGCUGUUGAGAAAGAGGGUGGAAGAGUUAAAGAAGCAGGCAAGGAUUAUAGAUACAUUUUUUUACUGCUAUUUUACUGUAAAGCACUUUGGUAGGUCACUGGCUGUUUUUAAAUGUGCUAUUCAAAUAAAGCUGACGUUGACAUUGACAUUUUUGAAGUAAAAAAAAAAGGCAAACUAUGCCACGGUAGAAAAUUAGAUAAACUUGAUGUCAAAGGCUGAUGUUUAACUGGGUUAUAAACUACAUCUUAUCACUGUACUCAACACACAGUACUUAGAUUUUGUUUUUUUUAAAAAAAGGGUUUGUGGCAGUCUGUAUUCUUUCCCUAUUAUAACACAAGUCUUGUAUGUUUCUCAGGUUUCUAAUCUCAUUGCCACAAAUGAGGUUCUUCUGGAACAGAACGCCCAGUUCCGAAGCCAGGCCAAAGUGAUGACACUGUCCUCCACUCCUGCACCAACUGAGCAGAGUCUGGCGCCCCCCGUAGGUGCAGUAAGUUCCUACAACCAUGGCAUUGCCCAAACCCACACCACUCUGAGCAGCGCAGGACUGCAGCCCCGGCCCGUCACCCAGCAAGAUCUUGUAGCUCCUACCGGUGCUCCUGCUGCUCCCCCCACGAAUGCUGCCCCACCUACAGCCCCUCCACCACACCUCAACCCUGAGAUCACCCCGCUGUCAGCUGCCCUAGCACAGACCAUUGCCCAAGGGAUGGCACCACCUGUUUCUAUGGCACCUGUGGCUGUGUCAGUAGCUCCAGUGGCUGUAUCCAUGACCCAGCCUCUGCCUGGCAUCACUAUGAGUCACGCCACCACCCCCAUGGUGUCGUACCCUAUUGCCAGCCAAAGCAUGAGGAUUACCACUCUGCCUCACUAACUGAUAAAGUGCUAGACUGCUGUAUCGAAAAGUCAAAGAGUAGCAUUCUGAAAGGCAUUUUUAACGUAGAUGUCUAUCUUUAACAUGUAUGAAACUACACUGACAAAAGAAGUGACAUUAUUUUGGUACAGACUCAUACCUCUCCAGCAAAGGAUAGGAAAGACUUUUCUGUUCAGCCCCUCUCACUCUGUGCUUUCUUGGGACAUCACAAAUGCAUCCUUCUUACAGACUGACCUGUGAGAAGGUGCUGUAUUAAAGAUUGCCUGUAUGCCCACAUAUAGAUCAAAGAAAUCAACAUGCACAAACGAGGUUAUCGAAAGACUUCCUGAAAGAUCAGUGUGCUGUCUCUGAGGGUACAUGAAGACUCUCGAAACAGUUUAUGUUUAUAUUUUUGUGGAUUGCUCUGGUGUAAAAUAACUUUUGUACUUGCACAUUUUAACCCUCCUAUUAUCCUUGAAGUCAAUUUGCUUCUUAUUUUAUGACUUCCUGAUUUGACGAGGACAGCUGAUUAAGCAUAAAAUUAUCAUGAUACAUUUUUUGCAAUGUGCUCAACACAUAUCGCAAGCAUUGGUGUUCCUCUGGGCUCAAUUUUAACCCCCAGCUGACUUAGCUGUGUAAAACUUGUCUGUCUGUGUGUGUGUGUGUGUGUGUGUGUGUGUGACCUAAUAUACACGCACCUGCAGGUUCAGAGUUGAUACUUUUAAGUUGAUAUAUAAAAGGGAGGUGGGGAAAACAGCUAUUCCCUUAAAAACUAUAAACUUUUCGUGGUGUGGACAUGUGGGAAACAACUUGACUUGUGAACUCCUGCUAAAAUGAGGAAGCCCAUGUAGGCUUGUGAGUCAGUCACAUCCAGAUCUUUCCAACUACACAUGCCUCUACUCCAAAGUAAUCAUGUCUUUGUGUCUUCAACAUGGCUGACUGUGUGUCUGGUUGGACAUACUCUCAGCAGCACGUCUACCUUUUGGUUGAAGUGAGUAGAGUUGACUUGGAAGCAUACAUUGGCUUUCUCCCUUUGGCGAGAGUCUACAAUUAAAAAGGUGAAGCAACAGCAAGCCUUUGGAACGCUGAGACUGGAAGGGCAAAAUUUUCAGCCACCAUGUCUCAAGAUAUUUACAAGUUUUUUCUCGUGUCAUACACUUCGAUGAAAAACAAAUAAAGCAGGACCAACAAUAACGUGACAAACUUAAAGCAGUAAGGGAUGUGUGGGACAUGAGGGUACAGCGUCUACCCAUGGUUGAUCACAAACAUCUACCAAUAUGGUUCGUUCUGUGAGAGUCAUAAAUGUGCAACCAAAAUUGGAAAAGAUUUUGAUGAAAGAUUUUCAAGAUACACUAACUCUAAAACUGAAAGGUUGAUCUGACUUAAAAGAAAACUUUUCAUGAUACAUUUAUUCUACUUUAAAAGUUUAGCCUGGUGGUGGUGCUAGAGGACAGGUCAACUUACUGGUAGGUUUUCAUUAUCAAGGGGUUAUUUAUGUUCAGAACAAAUGAAGUGCCUGACACAAGAACUUGGUCAACAACUUUAUAUUUUUUUCUGGAGGCAAAUAUCCCUGGAGUCAGAUUGACCCCAGGGGUAAAAUGUGUUGGUAAUGUUUGAGGAUAAUAGGGGGGUUAAAAGAAAUAAUCUCUCAACAAUAAAUGUGUUGUCUGCA